UGGCUUCUUCUUCGAAAAGUGCUGAAAUCAACCGUCGACGUCCCGUAGUCCGCGCUCAAACUGUGUCGUUCUCUUCGUUAGUUUUCUUUCAGUAAACGAUACUUUGCCUCUAUUUUGUGUUAUUUACUUUGACAACCAAUAUCUCGUGCGAUUAGUCAGUGAUUUUGAGUUUUUUCCUGUUAAUGUUCGAUGACAUAACGGUGUUUUCUGUGGAUGGAUGAAGCCUACCAUAGUGUAGGCCUUUUCAUAUGUUAUUAUCUUUAACAGCGAAGUAAAAAUGCCGCACGAUAGCAAUGUUGUCUACCCGCAAGGGUGUCGUCCCAUUUCAGAAGACUUGGGGCCUGAUGAAUUGAUUCGAAGAUUGAAGACAUUGGCUCACACGCUGCAAGCAAUGGGUCAAGAUGAAGGGGCGUAUCAGCAGUAUAUUCCUCUCGCUUUGUUACUCGCAGAAGAGCAUUUCUUGAAGCAUCCUAGCAGAGAUGUCCAACUUCUUAUUGCAUGUUGCAUUGCCGAUGUGCUCCGAGUUUACGCACCAGAAGCACCGUACAAAGAUACAGAGCAAGUUAAAACAAUUUUUCUGUUCCUAAUUAAACAACUUUAUGGCCUGAAGGAUCCUAAAGAUCCUGCCUUCAAGCGCUAUUUUUAUCUCCUUGAAAAUUUGGCCUAUGUCAAAUCCUUUAAUAUGUGUUUCGAAUUGGAGGACUGCCAAGAGAUCUUUUGUCAACUGUUCCAGCUCAUGUUCAAAAUUGUCAAUGACGAGCAUUCAAGCAAGGUGAAAAGCUUCAUGCUGGACGUGCUAUGUCCCCUAAUAACAGAAUCAGAUAAUGUGUCUAAUGAGUUGCUGGACAUCAUUCUUAUCAAUAUCGUUGAACCCAACAAAAUUACCAGCAAGAAUGCUUAUUGUUUGGCCAAAGACCUUGUUAUCAAGUGCAGUGAUACACUUGAACCCUACAUUCAGGCAUUUUUCAAUCAAAUGCUCAUGAUGAGCAAAGAGGAUCAAAAGCUGGGAAUCAGCUCUAAAGUGUACGAGCUGAUAUAUGAGCUGAAUAAAAUCUGCCCAAGUGUUUUAUUAGCAGUGUUGCCGCAGUUGGAAUGCAAAUUGAAAUCGAGCCUUGAUCAAGAAAGACUGAAUGCUGUUUCACUUCUAGCACGAAUGUUCUCAGAAAAAGAUUCUACUCUAGCCAAGACGCACCAUCAACUUUGGCAUGCUUUCCUCGGCAGAUUUAAUGACAUCAGCGUUCAAAUUCGUAUAAAGUGUGUGCAGUAUUCAAUGCACUUUUUGCUGAAUCACCCUGAGUUACGAGCCGAUAUCACGGAAACUUUGAAGUUGCGCCAGCAUGACAGUGAAGAAGCUGUGCGUUAUGAAGUAGUCAUGGCCAUUGUCAGCACCGCUAAGAAGGACUUCGAAGUAGUUUCUGACAGUGAAGAUCUUCUUGAAUUUGUCAAAGAACGUACGCUGGAUAAAAAAUUCAAAAUUCGUAAAGAGGCAAUGACAGGCUUGGCAAUGAUAUAUCGACGACAUUUGAAUGAUGCAGACGUCCCUCAAGCAACUAAGAAGGCUGUUACUUGGAUUAAGGACAAAAUUCUCCAUGGCUACUACAUGACUGGCAUGGAAGACAGGCUUCUUGUGGAGAGACUUCUGAAUACCUCUCUUGUACCGUAUCAACUCCCUGUUGAAGAAAGAAUGAAGAAAUUGUAUCAUUUAUUUGGAACUAUCGAUGAUCAUGCAACUAAGGCUUUUAUGGAACUUCAAAAAUAUCAAUUGGCGAUACGAAAUACUGUGAAAGAUUGGUUGGAACUGUUUCGAAGACCUCAAACAUUAGAAAGAGACAAAGAAAUUGCUGCUCGUGUCAUCACACUAGCCAGAUUUUUACCUGAGCCAAUCAAAGCUCAAGAAUUCAUCGGCAAACUUUCGGCAAAUCUCAUGAAAGAUUCAGCACUGUUACUUGGAAUGGAGGCUGUGGUUCGACCGGAUAUUUCUUGUAAAGAAUGUGCUGAAACAACCACACUAAUUUUGAAAAAACUGGGACAACCAAUCAUGACUAACUUGUAUUACAAUGCUGUCAAGAUGUUGCUGGAAAGAAUCUCAUCCGUGAUGAUCGACUCACAAGCAAUAAAGGUGCUGGUUGGAUAUGUCGAAGAUUGUUUGAAAGGUGGAAAUCUCAUCGAUGAACUUGGACUGCACCCAGGUGCCGCAGGAGAAAGAGGUCUCAAACUCCUUGUGAUGCUGUCCUACGUAUUCCCCUGCCAUUUUCUUCACGUAGAUGUAAUCAAACACUUAUUCUCCUUCCUCGAAAUGGAAGACGAAAUUGUAGCCCCUUUCAUUCUAUCCGUAUUAACAUUCCUAGGCAAAUACAAACCACUGAGUGAAUGUUUCCCCGAGCAGAUGGAAGAAUUAAUUCCUUUAUGCAAGCGUUUCGCUGACUCUGGCACUCCUAAACAAGCAAAACAAGCUAUCAGGUGCCUCUUCGUCAAUGCAAAAGAUAGUGAUUCUCUCUUCGCGAGUAUCCUCGAGAAAGUGAAGGAAAAUCUCAGCUCCACCAGUCCACACUACAGGACAGCGAUUGUAUCUUUAGGUCAUAUAGCAUACAAUGUACCAAAUAAAUUCCCCGUACAAUUGAAAAACAUAGUCUCAAGAAAAAUAGUUAAAGAGCUUCUUGUGAAGGAGAUAGAAGAAGGUAGUGACCACAGUAUAGAUGGAGAUUGGUGUUCAGAAGAUGAUCUCCCGGAACAAACUAGGUGUAAGAAAGAGGGCCUGAAAACAAUGGCCAGAUGGCUCCUUGGUCUCAAAGCUGACAAAGUUUCAGCGCAAAAAACUUUCAGAAUGUUGAAUGCAUUUGUUACAAACAAAGGUGAUCUUUUACAGUCGCGGAAAAUAAGUCAAGCAGAGAUGGCUUGGUUACGUUUGGCAGCUGGAUGUGCAAUGCUGAAAAUUUGUGAACAAAAAGGCGUUGGAGAUCAGUAUUCCCCAGAUCAGUUUUAUAAAUUAUCUCAUCUGAUGAUUGAUGAAGUGCCGAAAGUACGAGAAAUAUUCACAAGUAAACUUCACAAAGGCCUUUGUCGUGGUCUUCCGAACAAAAGUUUACCGCUCGACUUCAUGGGCUUUUACGCACUAGCAGGAUAUGAACAAGAUAAAAAGCUGAAGCAAGCUGCCAGGCAAUAUAUGGGCACAGAUAUCAACAAGCGAAGAGAGUAUGCCAAAAGUCUCACCCAAGGUUCAACAGUUCCAGUAGAUAAAGCAAUGGCUCAAUUACCACACAUCCUGCCAGAUUAUAUGCUUGUCUUUGCGGUCCCAGUACUCACACACUGUCCCCUGUUUGAGUCACGUCACGACAUCGAACAGCUUCACGCUGCUCGCACUUGUCUGUGGUUCAUUCUAGAAGCCCUCAUCGUCAAGAAUGAGUCUUAUUGCUACGGAUUUUACAAGGAGCUUAUCGACAAAAUGAAGAAUCAUGUUGAUGCCUGCUGUAUAGAUGACAAUGUUAAUGAGAAAAUGUGGGCACUGUGUGAUCUGGCCCUUGGAACAAUCCUCGCUCGGACAACAACUUUCGAGAUGAAAGAUUUCCCUGCUGAACCUAGAAUCACUGCCAUGUACUUCAAGAAGCCUGACGAUCCUAAUUUCGUCAACACUGCUAUUUAUCUUCCUCCGGAGCUCCAAUAUCAGCAAACAAACCAAAGCAACAGCAAAAAAGGACUGAGUAAUAUGACAAUGAAUGCUGCCAAUACCACUAAAGUAUCCAAAGCUGCCGCCAAAAAGAAUGCUGCCGCAGCAAACAACACAGCUGCAGUCAAACCAAAUGAUGCCAAGGCUGAUAGUGAAAAUGGUGAACCUUUACCCAAACGAAGAUGUACAGUCAAAUCAUAACACGUGAAACGGAUAUCGCUCUAAGUUUUCAACAGUCCUAUCAUUGAAAUUUGUACCUUAAGUUGUAUAAUUGAGUGUCAUCUUCAACCCCGGAAUUUCUUUUUUUAUUUCGGUCAGUUCUAUCAGGAGGAUUCAAUUUCUUUUUUAUAGCGAAUGUACAUGGAAAGUUACGGUAUGGAUUGUGCUGUUUACGGUGAUAGUUGUUUUGAAGAAGGAUCAGGGAAUGAAAGUGCGUCUACCUUUAUGUAAAUAAUUUGAAUAUAUCUUGUAACUACACAGACUGUACAGCUCUAGUUUUAUUAUAUUUUUAAUUGUACCUAGCAAUACGAAAAUUUUGCAACCUUAUUUUCAGCGACUACUUUUUUAUCAUUAUUACAGCUUCUACAAUGACUGAAAAAUAGGAAGAACUGUAUCUAAGCUUUGUGACAGAUUGAAUGGGCUACUAGACAAGGUUAAAAUUUAAGCCUUAUGAUUUUUGUUUUCUCAUCAAAAUUUGAUGUGGAACAUGACUUUAUAACGAAAAAUGAUUUGAAGAACGUUAGAAAUUUGGAAGAGGCAACAAACAUCGGAAUGCUUUAAUUUGUACCUUGUCUAGAAGUCCGUUUUUGAAGACUAAACAACAAUUGUUAACGCUAAUACAUAGUUUCAAACGCUCAAGGCUGUCACAGCAUUCAAAACUGUCUUUGUCGGUAACCUCACAAAAUGCUGCCAAAAAUGUAAAUUUACCGAGAUGAAGUAGGAUUAUCUGCUGGAUUGGAAACCUCAAUGAAGCUGUAGAAUUGCCUAUUUACAGUUGUUCUUUAGAAAAUUUGUGAAAUGAAAACAAUUUUUGAAAUAACUA